AAAAUGGCUGCCUUCUUGUAAGGUUUUCUAAUCUCAAUUUGUCGUCCUUAAUGUUUUGUCAGAAAUGAUCAGAGAAGACGAAUUUGUGAUUCUGAAAAAGGAUAAUGUUAUGAAAGUGGUCAAAGUUCGUAAGGGCAGGUAACAAUCAGUUUGUUUCCCAUGAUGCACAUACUUAAAAUCUCGUGAUUUUUGGCAAAAAGUGUUUCAAAAGGGGCUGUUUUCCUGGAGGGGGAAGGAUCCCGGCACCAGCAAGAUCCUAGAAGGCAGUUCAUCCUAACGCCAUAUGUUUUCUGUAUUCAGUUGCAUGCAAAGGGUUGUUCUUGUCCCUAGUACUUGGAUCGAUCCUCCUAGUACUAGGAUCUUCCACGAAUAUCCCUUCUGAAUACAGAAUACAUAUGGCGCUGGGAUGAUCCGCCUUUUAGGAUCUUCCUGGUGCUAUACUCCCUUAAGUGAUUAGAUCUUCUGCAGUUAAGUCAGCCUUCUUUGAAAUGAUGAUAUAGGAAAGAAGUAUUUGAAAAGUUGCACUUCAUGUUGGACAAUGCUAUUGGCUGUCCCUUGGGAUCCAUCUUUGAAGUUAAAGGAGGAAAAUUAAACAGAUUAGAGGGAAAAGAAGAUGUAGAUGAGCUUCUUGUGGCUAAACCCGACAGUGGUAAGUUGAAAUAAUGUGAUUAGCAAUUUCCAGGUGAGGAUAUUCAGGCAAACUCCAUAAGAAUUAUAUCAAAUCCAAAAGACCUCAUUACUGAAAUGCUGUCCAUUUAGCUUAAAUUGGAUAAGCACUGGUCUACCCAGUGGGUGGCCACAGGUUCAAAUCCAGGCCGGACCAGCAUCAGAGUCUUUAAAUAACUGAGCAGAUUGUGCUCUCUUAAUGAUGGCGUCUGGAGAUGGUAAAACUUUGUAGCCAAACACUAAAAUCUACUCAUCUCCGAUGACUGGGCAAGAAUUUUCUCAAGCCCUUGAAGGAGGACUCAAAAUGAGAGCAGGGUUUGCAUGCAUCUUGAAAACCCUUGAAUUUUAGAGUCCUUUUCAAGACCUUGAAAGUUCUUGAAACUCUCCUUCAUUCAUUUUGGUCCUUGAAAGUCCUUGAAAUUUAACUGAAGAACAUUUUGAAACCUCCAAAAGACUUUGGCAAAUACCAGUUUUGAAGCCAACAGAAUUGGCAUUGAGUGAAUGAAAGUCAGAUAUUGACUCACAAAUGAAAAUGGAAAUGGUUGACUUUAAGAACAAAAACCUAUUGUUAUGGGAAUAUAUUCACAGUUUAUUUGGAACAUUAUUUUGUUAAAAGUAAUAAAUUAGGUCCUUGAAAAAAAAUGUGGUCCUUAAAAAUUUUUGAAAAGUCCUUGAAUUUUACACGGGAAGUGGAUGAACUCUUUGAGAAUUCUCAAGUGCAUGCACAUUGGUUGCUUGGCUAUGAUACCCUCUUCUGUAAAAAUUAAACUAGUAGCUGUAAAAGACACAAUUCUCAGUUACUGAUCAUUGUACUAUUGCCUAAUUUUACAGAGGAUGACAAAAAUAACCAGUUUUUUCAAACUGAUGGCACUUCUCAGAAGCUGUCAAGAGAUGAAAUUAUGAAUCUAAAAGCACAAGGGGUCAGUGGCAAGGUAAGAGAAUGAACAUAAAUCUCUGAAGCAUUGGCUGCCAGGUAAUUUGCCUGUGAAAACAACUUCGAUAUGUCUUUACCCUAUCCACCUUGACUUCAUCGCCAAUGUUUUAUACUAGGAUAUUGUUGAACACCUAGUGGAGAACAGUGCAACAUUCAAGGAAAGAACUCAGUUUUCCCAAGCAAAGUAUAAGAAAAGGAAGAUGAAAAAGUAAGAACUAUUCUUUGUCAGUGUUGCACAAUAAACGACUGUUUAACUCAGACAAUAGGUGAAUCAAAAGGCUCCAAUGACAUGAGUCUUCAUAGCCAAAAACAUCACGGCUUAAGCGACAGACGACCAAUAACAUCACGACUUAAUGGACCAAUCAGGGCAAUAACCAGAGUUAAGUACCAUCAACUGACAAGAUACAACUCACUUUGACUCUGAAGAUGACAACCACACAGGCUGUCGAAAUGUCAGUCAUUGUCAACAUUAGUCCUAUUCAGGACUACAUUCACCCGGAUGAUCAUACACUCAACCUACUUAUUUUACAUACCUUAUUAUAGGAAAUUAACGCUCCAUGAAAUUAAGCUAUUGGAAAUUAACACAACUUAAAUUAAUGCGAAUUUAAUGGCAAACGACUUUAGAAUAAAGGAAAUUAACGCAAAAGAGGAGUUAGAAUUUCAUAAUAAAGGAAAUUAACGCGAUUAUCUUGGCUGAAAUCAAAGGAGAAGAUAUUGACAUCUCUUCUGACAGUGACAACGAUGAAGAUAAACCUUUGCCUUAGCUUUUGCGAAAGAUGAAAAAUAAAGGGCAAAUGGAAUGAAAGAAAGCUUGUAGUUAAUGUUUUUUAGGGGGUCAAGAAUGUUUGGACAGCUUCCAAAAUUGGGGUUAAAAUACUGGAAGUUAAGAGCGCGGAAAUUAACGCUGCACUUAAUUAAUGUCGUGGAAAUUAACGCUCAAUAAAAUUAUCGCGACUUAAAUUAAUGCGAAUUUUAUUGAUUCGCGUUUAUUUCAUGGAGCGUUAAUUUCCUAUAAUAAGGUAUUUUUAACUUCAAAAUUAUCUCAAGACGGCCCAAGCUUUUUAAGUUUUUAACUCAAAACCCUGUAAAAAAGAUUAAAAUACAUGUUAAUGUACAAUGUACAUGUACCUUCUUAUGUGUAGAGAUGUUAUUUUUUCCUUGCGUGUAAUGAAUUGAUAUUUUCAUUCCCCUGUAGGCAUGUUGUGAGAUUUUCAAUAUUGCGGCCUACAACAGAUUUAAUAGCUCAGAUGUACUACUGCAGAGGAGCAUCUAAAAUAUGGUGAGCUAAAUAUGUGAAUAAUAAGAGGACCCAUCCCUUGUGCCUCUAGCCAGCAGCUUUUACUAAUUGUCUUUCGUAACCAUGCUACUUGCAUCACUAAUUAAAUUAUGAUAGUGAUAGCCUAGGAGCAGGCUGAAAAAAGCAACCUAAAUGUCAACAUGGGGGGUUGGGGGGGUGACUUUCGAAACUCGCUAUCUACUCAUUAUGCAAGAACCAGCAUUUCACAGAAAGUACAUUUUAAGGGUUGUUAAUAAAUCUGCCGAACUUUUUUUCAACACUUAGUUGGAUGAAACAAGCUUAGGAUAUAAAAUUAAGUAAAUGUGGGUAUAUGACAGUACCAAAGUUAUGGCUAAAAAUCGUUUCCAUGGUUACUGAUAAUGCACUGAAAUGCAGAGCCCUCAAAAUGACAAUUUUCACUAGGGAGGGUCCCAAUUAACAGGGGGGGUUGGCAAUUUCCCCUUCCAUAUCUAGUGUACCCCUCAAGGGAGCACCUUUCAAUCUCAUCAAUAAUUUUUUUCUCCUCCUUCUUUAAAUUUUCUGGAUAACCCUGAAAUCCCUGACCAUAGUGAUACAGCGUAGAUUAACCCUUCUGUGCACGUGGACAAACAGUGUAACUGAUUUUACAGGGUAGCACAAGUUUCACUGGGAAAGAGCCUUGCUCUAACUGCACGACAACAUCUUGCACAUUUUUUUUAACUUGAUAUCUGCACAUAAUUUCUUGCUUGUCUAUUUUGUUUAUUCAGUGACCUCAGACUUGACACAUUGUCUCAAAUACUGACCAUGUCAAAUGUUAGAGCACACUGUCGUAUGAUGGUAGUGGAAAGUUGUCAAGGAAUGCUAGUUGGAGCUCUCUUAGAAAGAAUGGGAGGUCUGUGUUUUAUAAUGUUUUUACUACAAAGAACCUUCAAACAUGACUUAACUGCAAUCACCCCUUUAUCAGAAGAAACACUUACCUUCCUAAAAGGGCUUAAAAACAGAUCCUUCAUAUUUUUAUUCAUUUUGCAAGAAGAAGAACCUUAACAUGACAAAGCCUCUGAUAUCCAACUUGUAGGUGUAAUUAUUUAGCAUCAUGAAAUAAAGAAGGUGACAAGUUUGUCCAUCUUCCACAAAAAUGUCUUUAACACUUCAUGAUUCUGGUAAUUCAGUUUUGGGGUCGUCCUGCUACAGAGUAUAAAGCAUUAGUUCAGUUGAAAACGAAGGAAAUGGAAAACUGUGAUAAAAUUAAAUGGAUUUUAAAACUGAAAUAACCACUCAAUUUUCAAAAUAAUUCCAAAUGAUGUGAAGAAUACCUUUUGACAACUUUUGGGUUUUACAACAUACUAGCAACUUUUAGCUUUAGUAAAGAAGAGACUGGCCCCAAUAAGGUAAUGUGGAUUUCAGAAUCCAGGAAGUUUUACCUGUAGAAUCUGAAAUUGUGGGAUUUAGAAGCUCAAGGAAUCCAAAAUCCAAGUUCCACUGACAAGAAAUCUGGAGAAAUAAGAGAAUUUAGAGACUGACGUAAAAUUCUUCUCUUUUGCCUAGGGAUUGGAAGUCUCAUUCAGAUCUACUCAGGUGACUUUCCAGGAAGGUAAGCUGCUUAACCCUUUAAACCAGGCCCAAUAUCCAGGGACAAACUCUUAACACUAGUCACCAUACAUUGUUUUUAGAAUUAGGUGAGAGAAUUUGAUAAAAGGUCAAGGCAUUUUUCCUUUGGUGAUCAUUUUCUUACUUCUCAUAACCUUUUCUUGUGACAAUUUAUUGAUGUUGUUAGGAGAUAAUAAUAUUGAUGUUAGUCGCUUUCAGGAGCUUCUGUAAACAGGACAGCUGGGCUUCAGAAAAGUCCAAUCCUGUGGUACAGGACAAGUUGAUUUUCAUGCUGGGCAAUUAACUUUUUAAGCUUACUUAACAAUGGGCAAGGGUCUAGGCAAUUCAUCCUCUAACAAAAGCUUUAACUAAGACACGCAAGAAAUGACCCCGAGGAAGCAAAAUGUGACAGCUACCUGCCCAAAGAACAAGCUUAAACUAAGUUUUUUUUUAACCCCACAGGAUCAUGGCAAAUCAGUUUUAAAUGAUCUUCCCAUCAUGUUUCAUGUCAAUCAAUCAAUCAAUGAGUUCUUUGUUUAUUCACAUAGCAUCUAGUGAGCUAAAAAGCUUGUUGAAAAUACGUACUAGCCUGCGAGCAAGUUCUCCGAGGUGCUCAGGCGGCGGGGCGGGAAAAGGAUGAGACCUUGCAACUACAUGUCUGGAAUUUAAAUAUCUGCAUCGACAAAUCGAAAAAGUUGCUGUGAAAUGCUGAUUGGCAGAGAUGAUAUUAAUAAUGACACAAAUUCCCUUGGCAUGUAUUUUCCAAUGUUUGUUUACACUUGCACUCAUUUCUGCUUCCCACUGAUUGGCAGAAAUCUGACGGCUCAGUCGAUGGGGAGCCACAGGGGAAUUGGAGGUGGAAUUCAAAUCCCAGAGACAUAGUUGCAAGACAGUAAGGUCUCCUUCCUUUUCCUGCCCCUUUGCCAAAGCACCCCAGAGAGCUUGCUUGCAGGAUAAAUAUGUUCCUGCUAACAUAAAAUAGCUUUAAAAUAUAGAAAAUUAAGUUGUUUUCUUCUUACCCCAGACCAUCUUACAUGUACCGGGUGAUGUUAGUCUGUUCCUCUGGGCUAUUAGAGACAAAUUGACCCACAGGCUUUCAACAGGCUUCGACUUUAGGGAGUUAUUUCAGUCUCUCAAAUAAAGUGUUUCCUGCAAUGCAGGUUGUGCUAUUACUGGCAAUGUUGAUCUCAGUGCCCGUGUCACUAGUACUACGUCUAAUAUUUAAACAAGUGGUUUGGGGUCAGGGUUAAUUGGGGCUUUCAUUAAGUGGAAAGGGCGGGGAAGGGGGAUUUACACCGGCUACUAAGAACGUGACUCCUGGCUACUUUCAUAGGAAAAUGGAAGAAAAAUAGAUCCAAAAGAAUUCCCUAGUUGUUUGAUUCCCCGCCCACUUGCUGUAUUUACCUGGCAACUUGAAAUCUUAGUGACAGCCCUCGCUAGUGGAGGUAACAUGUUUUUAGUGUGGCCUCCAUACUUCAACCUAAUGUAAUUAAAUGGUUAGCAGAUGAUUUCCUUCACAAAUUCUUUAAAGUAAACCUGCAUUACAAAAACUAAAUUAUGGAGAGAUGAAAAAAAGGGGUUUUUCAAUUAUUUAUUCUUUCAGACAGGCUCUAGAUUAUUUCAACUUCCCCAAAGCCUUCAUGGAAAGCUUAAGUGGAUUUCCAAUGGACAAAAUAACUACACUUGGUACUAGUACAGGUGAAAUGUUUAAAUUAUUUACCACUGAGCGAGGAGUAGUACAGGUGUAGUCAUUUUCCAAAAUUCUUCUUUAGGGUCCUUUAGCUUAAGCUUAGAAGAAAUUCAGACUCUUGUUAUAGGAUUUCAUGGGCUCAAAUCAUGUCACAGACUCAGACUUCUUUGUCCCUGCACUAAUGACAAAUUAUGUAGAAUCUUACUUUUUUCUGGUAGCUGGUAGCUCGAAAGAGUUAUCAUCUGGCUAACCAACCUCAGGCUAACGUUGCAUUCAUUUUACCCCCCCCAAACCACCCCCCCACCCUCCACCCAUCAGUGCUCCCACCCCCUCUUGCCCCAUCAGUAUUUAAAGCCAGUUAAAGCUGAACGGAAACGAAAGAAGUCAAAACACGGAUGUGAGGUCACGUUAACCCGUCAAGUCGCCCGAAGCAACAGUUAAGUCGCCCGAAAUGCGGACUCAGGUCGCCCGAAUUUUAUCAGAUGAAGUGCACAGAGAAACAAAGUUAAUUUUUGUCAAGUAAAAAGUGUGUGUUAAUAUACCGUUCUUUAAAACAUCAUGAGACGAAUCAAGCUGAAUGAAUCUGUAUCAUGCCUCGUUCUUUAAGCGAUGAUGAGACGAAACAAGCGGUAUAAGUGUGUAAUAUAUCUCGCUCUUUAACCCUUGAUUAUAAUAACGAAACAAGCGCGAUAAAUGAGUAAUAUAUCUCGUUCUAUAAUCUUCGAUCAGAAGAAACAAGCGCGGCAAAUGGUUAGGGAUGCUAGGAUGUUGUUGAGCUUGAUAUAAUUUCGCGCCACAUAGCUCAGCAUUUCGGGCGACUUGACCGUAAACCAAGGUCACACAUGGAAUCAAACUCGGGACCUCUCACACCGAAGCCCGCACAUGAACAAACUCUGUCAAUCUUUGCUCCUUCAGUCUUAAUUCUUACUGUUAUUUUUUAGCUGAUACAAAGAUGCCGCUAUCAGCAGCUGAGUCAAGCGAUGCAGCAGCGCAAGCAGCUGCUCCAACCAAUGAGACCAGUGAUGGUAGAAGCAACUCUGGAGAGGAAGAGGAUGGAAACUCCAUGACUGAACAGGUACACAUAACGGAAACAAGAUAAUCAGAGAUCAUUAUCAUCGUCAUUUCGAGGAUUAUUAAGAUUUGGGUCGUUUCGCCCACGAGUCGUUUCACCAACGUCCUGUUCGCUAAGGUAUUGACUCGUUUCUCCAACGUGCUAGGCCAGUUCCCCCAACUUCUCUAACUUAAUCAAUGGCUCAAAGAACGAGUUGUACACGUAUGUAUUGGACUAAUACGUAUCGUUGCUUAAAGGCGAGGUAUAUACAUGCGUAGCACUCGUUUUGUUUCGUAAGCGAAACGACUUGAGACGUUAGCGAACGGCGCAUUGGCGAAACGAGACGUUUGCGAAAUGACCGGUCACCAUUGCGAGUCUCCUUGGGCAAUGUCGCGCCAAACACUACUGUCCAACAAGCAUACUUUUAAUUCUUCCGCAGAGGCAAGACCAGUGUCCCUUUUGAGCAAGUCCAUUUAGUUUAACCGCAUUUGUCUUCCAUGUAAAGCCUGGCCUGUCUGUGGCUCCCACAAGACCAACGUUUUCACUGGCAAGUCCCCAUGCCUCAUGCGGAACCCAGCCAUUUGGAGUCUGCGUGCUCUUACUUUCCCGGAUAGUAUAGGGAGGCUAGUUCAUAUCCUUAAAGCACCUCUCGUUAAGACCUAACGCUACUAAAUUGUAUUUAAUCCUACCGAGAUCCGCGGCAGACAUCUUGGUCCCAAAGAUAUUAAAACCUCUUUAUUUCGCACAGUUCGGACUGUCCCUUUUGUGUCAUUUUAAGGGAAGUUCGAGUGUAUAACACCCGGAAGAACUUACGUAAAACAGGGUAUUGUUUUUUAUUCACUCAUAUUGACUCUCUCUUCUACAGGAAAAGUUGGUGCGGAGAACGCGGAGGCAAAACGAAGAAUCAAAGGCACGACAGGAACUGGAAAAUGGCAAUAUAGAUGGGUAAGGUUUUUAGAUAAUAAGCCUUGCUAGCACCUGUCAUGGAAACCAAGAACAAGCCACUUACUCUAAACUUUCACGAAGUCCUUCGUAGUUGCGCGGUUUUGUUUUGUCUUGCCCGCUUAGGCCGUCUCGCGACUUCACUUAAGCUAAUUUCGUUCUUUCAACCUUACGAAAUGAUUUUAAAAGCAUCCUUAUUGUUGCAGCUUGGUUGUUGCGAGCCGGUUCCAGCCCAGUCCUCUCGUGAUGUCCCUCCUCCCUCGUCUAGCACCCUCGCGACCAUUUGUGGUUUAUUGUCAAUACAAAGAGGUACGAUUUUUCCUCAUUCUACACAGCCUCUAUACGUUCUUCCUAUGCCCUCACGAGACUUGCUUUCUGCGAUUCGUCCUGACGUCGUUUCACAGUUUGAUAUAAUAGAGAGCUUAAGAUUCUAACUGUUCUAAGACAAAGACGACUACGAGUACGAGAUUUUCUCAACACUGAGUAUUUCUCACGCGUGAACCCGCGUCAUUUUGGCGGGAAAACGUGGUAGUCGCCGUCAUUCUACUAGGAGUUUUAGCCAGAAUGUCGUAUUGGAGGAGAAGUUGUCAAAUGUAAGAAGUUUUAUCAUUUUGCUAUAGGGAGAGGGGCUUAACCUCCUUCAGUAGAAAUAACAGUGCUAUCUUUUUUGGUGAAAAAAAGUAAAAUGAAGCUUUCCGGGCUGUCUUUUUUUUUAGAACACGCGCAAAAACUGUUAAAGUUAAAUCUCGUACUAGUACUCUUUCUCUUCCUCAAAUCUAAAGCUCUCUAUCAUUGAAUUCGGUGUUGUGUCGAACUGUAUCAUGGGACGAUUCCGAGGACGUUUUCCCUUCUUUUAUUGGUUAUUACGAGAUUGCAGAGGAAUCUGGGGUUAAUUUCGUCCCGCAAAACACUUCUACAGAACCUUCUACAGUACUAAUUCGACACAAUCCCGACCCAGUCAUCUGCGUCAUCUCAAAAUACAAAUCCAGUCUUAGAAAGUGUUUUGUUAUAGACAUGACUUCCAACGAUGCGAUGCGAUGUGAUGUUUAUUGUGUAGUUUCCUAUUUUUUUCCGACUGCAUUAACAAUGGUAUGGUUUGUAUUUCAGCCUCUGAUGGAAUGUUACGUGAACCUUAGAGAAAGAGGAACAGCCAUUAAUAUCCACCUGACUGAAACGUGGUGGCGACAUUAUCAGGUAGGAACUACUUUGCUCAAGGAGGUCCAAGGAAAUUGCAAAAUUUGUUCGUCAUAACGAGGUUUUGUUAUAUCGAGGUUCUUUUCCAUAUAUUUUCCCAUUACUGGGGCGAAGAUGACGUCGCUAUGUGGAAUUAGUUCCUUAUCUUGAGUUUCCGCAAUAUCAGUAAGAAUUACGAAUACCUGAUUGAACCUUUCGCUUCCCAGACUCCUUUACAUAAAUUUCCUCUUCUAAGGGCCUGUUUACAUGGAGUGGGGGACCCCGGUCUAGUGGGGUUGGUUUCUUUUGUUUUCACGCUCUGGGGGACACAAAACAAAAGAAACUUGCUCCACUAAACCGGGGUCCCCCACUCCAUGUAAACAGGGUCUAAGUCGCAACUUUCAUUCAUACUAGAAAAGAGGUAUUUCCAUAUGAAAGACGGACAUUCACACAUACACAGCGUGAUAAAUAUUGGUACUGUGUAAAAGGACUGUUGAAAAGAGCUCUCAUUUGAAUGGUCACAUCGUAGGAUUUAAUCCAAAGACUCAAGUUAGAGCAACAUACUAAAUAAAUAGUACCAUGUGAAAGUACUGCUGAAGAGGUUUCAUUUGAAUAGUAACACCAUAGGAUUUCAUCCACAAACUCAAAAGUUAGAACUACAUUCUCAAUAAAUAGUACCAUGUGAAAGUACUGCUGAAGAGGUUUCAUUUGAAUGGUAACACCAUAGGAUUUCAUCCACAGACUCAAAAGUUAGAAUCACGUACUGAAUAAAUAGUACCAUGUGAAAGUACUGCUGAAGAGGUUUCAUUUGAAUGGUAACACCAUGGGAUUUCAUCCACAGACUCAAAAGCUAGAACUUGCCUAUACAGCAUAGAAAACGUACUGUGAAAGCGCUGUUAAAGAAGGGUCAUUUGAAUUGUCGUACCAUGGGUUUUUAGUGUUUCACUCUCAGUACUUCAUAAUACGACUGCUGAUCUCCUUUUAUGCUUGUUUAAUGUCACCUUAGAUAGAGGUACUUUGUGAAAUUGUAAAAGAGCGCUAAAUAAAAGUAUGUUAGUACUCAUAGUUAUUUGAUUCAAACUGUGUUUUGCUUUGUAGGUGCUCCCAGCCAGAACUCACCCGGAAAUUGCCAUGAAUGGUACCGGAGGAUAUUUGCUGUGCGGGAUCACAGUCAAACCAGACAACCCAGAUGACACAGGGAAACCAACCCAAGCCAAAAAACCAAAACUAGACGAAUGCGGUUAA